AAGCUUCGACUACCAACACCACCGCGAGCCCAUACUCCCCAACCAAAACGCAAUUAAUUCUACGCCCUCAGCAUGCCUCAAGCACAGCCGGAACUCAAGAAGUACCUCGAGAAGCGCGUUCUCGUACAGCUAAAUGGCAGUCGCAAGGUCAUGGGAAUCCUGCGAGGAUACGACGUCUACUUGAACAUCGUCCUCGAUGAGGCGCUAGAAGAGAAGGCAGGUGGUGAGAAGACUCGGAUAGGCAUGGUCGUUAUCCGAGGAAAUGCUGUCGUCAUGCUCGAAGCACUGGACCGCAUCAACCAAGACGUUCCCAAGAUUGGACGGUAGAGACGAGACCACGGCAGCCUAUCAGCGAGGAUAUCGAGGACAAGAGACCAGAUGGAGUAGCAGGAAUAAAACUUUGGUGUUUCGGCGCAACUCUACAUGGGUAUGGCCCUCCUACAUACACACACACAUCAAGCCAAAUGCUUGAAGAAGACCGGAGUUGACGUGUCUGAUGCUAGGGUCGGCAUAUUUACGACAAGAUACCAUCAGACGAAUGAACUUUUUGGCAGCAGGCUUGGGGCAAAUGGGUGCUCCGCGGCAUGCUGCAGCGCUCUUUUGAAUAGUCAAUCAAUAAUUGAAGCAAAGUCCAGGAG